CCCCCAACUAAAUUUGGAGCACUUUAAGAUCAAAGGUUUUGCUUAGUAGUGUUUCUCUUUGGGAGGUGGGAUGGAGCAGAUGUUAUGUAGUUGAAGGGAUGAAGGGAGGAAGUCCCAAGGCAUACCUUCCCGGGACCUGACAGUAAUUUAGAUGUUCAAUAAAACGGCCACAUGGAUUACACCUGCGCUCCACACACUCAGGAAUUUUAGUCCCCCAAUCAAUCGAGUCAUUCUAUUUCAAAGCCAAGCAGGUCCUCAGGCAAGCAGCCACGGGCAGGUUUGGCUCAGGUGCCGUCCUGGUUCAGCCCCUGGGCUCAGUCCGCCUUCUCCCAGGUUCUUCUUUCUGGCUCUGGCCUCUCGAGGUCCUCUAACGGUUCUAACAGCUGCGAGCGGAAGGAGCUGUGGGUGGGACCCUGGCUGUGGAAUCCGUUUAUCUUGGUUCUCCAAGAACAGAGCUGUUGCCCCUGUACCCAGUAGGACCCCCUCCCACACAUUCCCAGGAGUCCAACUUCCUCCGCCUUGGUCUUUUAGCCCACUUCUUGCUCCUUCUUCCUAUGGGUUUCCCUACCGCAUCCUGACAGAGCAGUUCACUGCUCCUUGGCUUUCCGUCCUCAGCAUAUUCUCAGCCUGUGGGCAAAGAUAUCUGGUGAAUUAGGGCUUUGAUGCAUCAAAGUGACGACUAUUUCCUCCUUUCAGGAGAUUACCAGCCUUCACUCUGCAAGAAGGUUCCUUGCUGUGAUUGAAGUUCUCUGAAAGCUCUAUCAUCAGUUUGCCUCUUCAAGGGAUUGCACCAGGUGCUCCCCAAUGAAACCUCAUCAGCAGAUUUGGCACUCUUCCUUUCCUUCACCUCCUAUACCAGGUAAGGGUCAGCAGCAGAGAGCCUGGAACUGGCAGUUGCCACCUGAGCUGUGGGCACGAUCACUUCGACAGCAGUUGAAUGCACAACUCCUCUUGGUCCUGGAAGAGAAGAAGGUAGGUGUCUCUCCUGAUGAGGUAAUAUCAGAUGCCCAAGAGUCUUGGCACUCUAUAUGUGGCCUUACCAGCAAAGGACAACACUGGGCUGGUCAGAAGAAACAGAGGCAAUUCUCGAAGGCAGUGACGGAUUCAGAGCAGCCUACGGUGCUGAAGCUCCUGCUAGCUGAGCUCCAAAGUCUCUUCUCAGCUGUGUUGCAGGACUGUAGCCCUGCAGCUUGGUGCUACCUGCAUGGGGUACUGGAACUGCUGCCUCCAUAUCGUGAGUUGCUAGUUGGUCACCUUGAUUUGUUACCCUUUCUGGAGCAGCUCUACUGCUGGGCACCCUGGGUGAAAGCCCAACUCCACCUGGACCUGUUAGAUGCCAUAACAAAGGCUUUUCCCCCAGACAGUUCUCUGUUAGAUAGUGCCUCCCAUGUUGACUGCCAUCCCCAGAAGAAGAUCCAUCAAAGGCUCCCAUGCUCAGCCUGUCCUUUUGUGCUGGCCCGGUGGGGUGGGCAGCAAGUAAAGGAGCAAUUGGCCACAUGGCUGCGACCAGUGACACUGCCUGAGUUACAGCGCUGUCUAGGUAUUGUUGGUACUGAGGUGGCCCUAGAAGAGGCCAACUGGCUGGAUGGUCUCAGUCUUCUGCCUUUGGCACUGGCAACAGACAUUCCUGUACAGUAUGAAACCUGUGAUGCUGACAUCUCAGAGGAAGAGCCUGAUGGAAGAAGAGAGACUGAGUCUCAACUUGACUAUGAAGUUCCUGUGGAGAAGGCCUUACCAAAGAGAAGUACUGCCUUCUUAUCUGAGACUUCCUUCUUGGGUAGCCAGGUGAUGACCAUUCUGAAUUCAGAGAAAUACUUGAAGAGCAUCCACUUCUUCUAUCUCAAUGUGGCUCCCAGUCGGUACUUUAUGCCCUACAAUCUGAUAGUGGUGCCACCAAACAAAGUGAAUCCUGAGCACUACAUCUUUUCUCCCUUUGGGAUUCUCCAUGUACAUCCUGUGGAGGGCAGUGAAACGAUGACAUUGGGUACCUGGCACCGCCACUCUGUUCUGUGGCAAAAACUUCAGUUCAUUCCAUUUUUUAAGAAUUUCCUCUUGCGCAAAGCUUUAACCUGUUGGAAGAAGAAUGUGAAGUUGCAGGGGCUGUGUCGGCUCCGGAAUCUCCUGGGGAAUCAACUGCUUUUGGCUGUACCCCACUUUGGAGCUGGGCUGCUCCAUAUUAACAGGCUUCUGCAAGAGUUCCACUCUGUGUCCUGGCUACCCCAGGAGCCAGAUCGAUGUUAUGAACUCCAAGAUCUGCAGAAGGCUCUAGCCAAGGAAAACUACAAGGCUCUACGGUUACUCAAUCACUUUCUGAAGCUCUGUACAUCUAUUCUUAAACUGGUUCAUGAGGAUACAUACAACAUGCAACAGAAGCUGCAGGAGUAUGUGCAAAACUGCAACAAGACAGGUCAAGGCUCCAUAUACACUCAGAGGGUACAGUGCCAGAAGCUAAAGCAGAAGCUGAAGCAAGCAGAGACAUGGUUACUGCAACUAGGAAAGUUGGCCCGCCUGAUCAACUACAUGAUUUGUCAGAGCCUUGUUUCAAUCUUAGAAGAUGAAAUAACCUCUUUUGUCGCCAACAUCCUACAAGCUCCAAGGCAAAAACCCUUUCUCGUAUCACGGUUGGUCUUCAGUGAUGAUUGUAGCCAGCUAUCACAAGUGCCCUGUAUUGAAAAUAUGACCCAGAUUGUAACGGGCGGCCUACAGUCUAUCAAGAACUCUGCUCUGCAGGUAAUGCAGUCUGCAGACCUGAAGACCUCCAGAGAUCUCCUGUAUUCUGAAGAAGAUGAUGAAGUCGAAGAGGAAGACUCAAACAUAGAAUUCCUGAAGCCCAAGUUCCUGGGUCAACCCAGCAAUGCUGUUCGUAUAUUCUGUGGCCCUAGAAUAGGAUUGGUAAAGCCUUGGAAGUCUCAGCCAAUUGCUGAUCUCCUGGAGGUCCAUGGGCACAGGCUACGGGGCCAGUACUUGCCCCCCAAUUAUAAUCAGCUACAGGAAGACUUAGACAACAACCUUCGAAUCCACCAGGCUUUAAAUAUACAACAUGCACUGAUGGAGGACAUGCUGUGGGAGGUGCAGGAUUUCUGCAGGGAACAUCACUGGAUAACAGAUAUUUAUAAAUUCCUGAAAUCCUGGGGGCCCCAGAAGCUGGAAGACAUGAGAGGCUGUCCCAUCAAGAACUACAUACAGCUGGUGAGCUCCCUGAAUGAUUGGCAGACCCGUGUCUCCAAUAUGCCUAUUGAGUUGCUGACAAGAGGAAAGUUGCUGCUGCUUAGCUGCCACAAUAUGAAGGCAGAGCUGGAAUCCAAGCUGGACAGCACGAGGAAGGAUAUUCUUGCACAGGUACAGAAUGAAAGCCGGAUCCGCAGUCAGAAACUAAUGACAGAGCUCACAGAUUUCGUGCGAGUGUUCCAAAUCAUCAACUCAGACAUUCAUGCCAUUGCCCGGUGCUGCCAGAAGUUGAAUGAAGCCAAUGAACAGUACAUCCAGCUGGAGGAGAGAAUGGAAUAUAUCCAGUCACUUCUGGAACUCAUCCGCAACCAUUUUAGCUUCUAUAGUGAUGAGAAUGAGAAAUUAGACAUCUCGGUAAGAGGGGAUUUCAGGGAGUCAGCCAUCCCACCUGGUCCCCAUCCUCCACAACCACAUCUAUGCCACUUCCCUCUGCUUGUUCCACAGCUUCUGGAUAUGUGGGAGGCAUUUCAGUUUGAGAGAAGCCAGGCCUCAGAGAUCCUGCUCAGCAAGCAACAUGCCAUUGUGCCCAAGCUACAGCAGCUGAUGGCAGCAGCAUUGGCACAGUUAGAAGGUCUGCUGCAGAAAGCCCUGUCUGGUCCCUUCAUGGACCCUGAACAAGAGCAAAGGAGCAUUGAGAACCAGCUUAUUGCUUUGGAGCAUCAGUACCAGGACACAGUCAGCCGCCUCAAUGAACUACACCAUGCUUAUGUGACCUUCACUGGAGAUGACAGUCCAGUGCCUCUGCCAAUCUGUGGAACUCGUCCUAUCGUACUGCAGCAACACAUAUGGCACCUGUACCGAGUGAUCUCUGAAAACAUCAGUGAAUGGAAGUGCAUGGCUUUUGCCAAGUUCAACCUGUCUAUGGCCCGGGAAAAGACAAAUAGCUGGCUGACAGAGGCAGCACGGAUGAGCACCACCCUGGGACUGCAUAGUCCAGUGCUGCAACGCUGCAUGCGCAUGCUGGAAGAGUUCCGUAGCUAUCUGCCCUUGCUUACCAAACUGGGCAGCUUGCAGCUGCAGAACCCUAACUACCAAUCCCUCCUGAGAGCUUUAGGGCUGAACAUUCACAAUAUGGAACUCCUAACACUGGGCCAGCUGCUCGCUUGUCCGCUGCUGGAGUUUGCAGAUCGAAUCAAUCAGGUCUGGCAGUGUGAGAAUGAACGAAUUCAUGCACAAGAGAGCCUGAAACAGCUGCAGAAAUACUGGGAAACGUGCCAUCUACGCCUGCUCAACUUUAUCCUGCAUGUACCCUAUGAGCCCCCAGCCUCAGAGCACUCUAAGAGGCAGGCCCUCCGCAACCCUCAGUGGGAAAUAGUGGGCAAGGACAGUGGCACCUUCAUUCUUUCAGACUACAGUAGCUUACAAGAUUCUAUACAUGGAAGUCUUCAGACGUUGUUUAAGAUACUGGCCAUCCAAAAGUCAGGAGACUUACACAAAGUAGCUUUGGAGUGGGUGACCAUCAUGAAUAGCCUGAGUGCCCUGCUAGAGGUGUGGGUGAUGUUCCAGCAGAAGUGGAUUUUUAUAAACAAAGUUCUACAUGAGAUGAAGAUCCAAUUUCCCAGUGCUGAUCUGAAUGCUCGUUUCAAGGUCAUGGAUGAUCAGUAUCGAACCCUGAUGCGCAUCUCUGUAGCUGACCCCAUGGUUCUGUCACUUAUAAUGCCCAAUGCCAAAAGGAGCCCUUAUUUCCAAGGCCAGCAUCUACAACAAAUGCUGCAAGCAGGAUCAGUGGAGCUGGAGAGCAUCAUCAUGGCUCUAGAGAGUGUGCUCUAUGGUGUAUGUGCCCAAUUCCCCCGCCUUUUCUUCCUUAGUGAUAGUGAACUCGUGGCCUUGCUAGCUGCCCCUCUAGAGUCAUGUGAAGCCCAGAUGUGGGUCAAACGCUGCUUUUCUCAUGUGCGUGCUGUGAACUUCCAGUCCAUCCCCCAAAAUAAUGAGAAAAACAUGGAUGACCAGGAGUCGAGUCCAAACAGACAAACUCAGGUAGAGACACUGGCUGUGCUAGGGGAAGGUGGGGAGGAAGUGAAGCUGCAGCAGCCCCUUCUUCUGCAUCCAGAUCUCCCCAAGUGGCUGGCCUCUUUGGAGAAGUGUCUGCGUUUGAUACUAGUGCACAAACUGCAGGAUUGUGUGGCUGCCCGCCUUACUCUUGUUAAAGGUGAGGCCUCUAACAAGCUGCCUCAGCAAAACCAGUUGGCCCUGCAACUAAAUGUCCAACACUGGCUAGAUUUAAUCCAGGCCUUCCCAUGGCAAUGUAUACUGAUAGCAGAAGAAGUGGUGUGGCGAGCUGAGAUGGAGGAGGCUCUGCUUGAGUGGGGGUCCCUAGCCAUGACUUCUAGGCAUAUAGGCAAGCUAGAGGUACUGGUGCAAUUUAUACGAGCCCAGAGGAGCUCCAAGGGUGGACAGCCUCUGCCCUCUGUCCGCCAAGCCAGCCUGUUUAGUGCUCUACUGGUUAUGGCAGUAACUCACCGGGAUAUAGCACAACUGCUAGAGAAGCAUCACGUCAGUGAUCUGACAGACUUUCACUGGGCCCGCCAAAUCAAGUAUCACCUGGGUUCACCUCAUUUGAUCCCCAAAAGUCCCCUGCAGAGUCUUAUGACUACUAUAUCUAAGGAAUCCUCUCUGACACCAGCUGCAUGCUGGAUAGAUGUGCUGGGCCGGUCCUUCCUAUACAAUUAUGAGUACUUUGGUCCCAGACUGAGGCCACUACCCAGCCUGCUGCCUGAGAGGCCAGUGCUGGUUCUAUUAUUGGCCCUGGAGGAGGUGGCUUGUGGGACUCUACUGGGCCCUGAUGGUGUGGGUAAGAAAGGGUUGGUGAAUAGCCUGGCACAGGCUCUUGGCCGCCAGCUGGUAAUGAUGCCCUGCUUGCCUCAGACAGAAGUCCGAUGCCUGAGCAACUACUUGAAUGGUGCCCUGCAGGGUGGUGCCUGGCUGCUAUUGGAGGCAGUUCACCACUUGCCUCCUGGCUUGCUGUCUGCCCUGGGCCAGCGCCUGGCUGAACUGCAAUACCUCUGUGCCCCACUGUACCAGGAGGCUUCCCAAAGCACCAGCACCAUAGAUCCCACUAAGCCUCAGUUUCUUGGCACUGGCUUCUUUGAGAAACAUCAUGUGUCUGUGUGCUUCGGCUACGGCUGUCUCCUGACACUGCGUGCCCUGAGCCCUGUUGUGCCUGCCAACCUGCACCUGCUACUGAGGCCUGUGGCACUAGCACUGCCUGACCUACAGCGAGUAGCAGAGCUGACCCUGCUGGGUGCAGGUGUACGUAAUGCCUCACUCAUGGCUACUCGCCUAUCCAAAUUCUUCUCCUUAGAGCGUGAGCUGGUGUCUGGGCAUCUGCCCUGCCGCUUGCCACUGCUCAAAAAGAUACUAGAAGAUACAAUACAGACACUAAAUGAGACCAAUAAGGAGGAAGUCAACUUCCAGAAGUCCAGCAGCCAAUCAGCCAUGGAAGAAGCUGCCCUACUGCGUGCCCUGCUACACUCACCACUGUUCAGCAUCCUUGAUGGGCCCCACUUACACAACCUCCAAGAGCUGCUCAGUGGCAUUUUCCCUAGUGCUAGCCAAGUGUUAGCAGAGCCUAUGGUCCACAGGCUGAUGAAGCCAUUGGUGGUGGAGGAACUGCGGCAGGUAGGACUGUAUCCUGGCUCUGACAUUUUGGGGUCUCUGGAGCAGCUGAGUCAGGCCCUGAGCCGGGCCUCAGGCAUUCUCCUCCUGGGCCCUGCAGGAAGUGGAAAAACUGCUUGUUGGAAUGGCUUAUUUAAGAUUCAGAAUCGGCUGGCAGCUCUGGAGAAUACCUCAACUCAAGGCUGCCAACCUGUGGAAAUUACUCACCUCUACCCCAGUGUUCUCAGUUCCCAGGAGUUUCUAGGAAACCUAGAGGGCCCCUGCUGGCACCAUGGUGUCUUUCCCAGGCUGCUUCGUGCCCAACCUCGUUGUAAUAGCAUGGGCCCAAAGGAGCAGGGAGAAGAAUUGAUGGGGAUGCAGCACUGGAUAGUAUGUGAUGGGGCCUCUAGUGCUGCUUGGCUGGACUCCAUUACUUGCCUCCUGAGUGACUCUUCCCAGCUUAGCCUCCCCAACGGUCAACAGAUAGCACGACCCCCAGGUACGUUUUUCUUGAUGGAGAUAGCAGAUGCAAAAGGCAUGUCCCCAACAGUGGUGGGCCAUUGUGCUCUAGUCUGGUGUGGUGGGGACCAGACUUGGCAGUGUAUGCUUAGCAUCUUGAUGACAGCCCUGCCCCAUGAAUAUCGCUUACAGUCCCAGACAAUCACUGAGCUCAACCACCUGGCUGAAGUUCUAGUGCCUGCAACAUUCAGAUUUCUUACCUGCAAGCAUGCCAGUUCUCUAUUGCAGGUACAUGGGCAGCAGGCUGUUUGCCCAGGUGUGGCAGAAGUCACCAGCCUGGCACGUAUCUUGCGUGGUCUGCUUGACCCCCACCUGCGCCUAGAUGAGGAAAAGAAGGCACAUUCAGAAGACCUCAGCUCUAGUGAUCCUGUGGCCCAACACUUAAGGUCUUCAAAAAGUGGCUCUCUGAACCAGUCCCAGGCUGACAGUGAUGAUAUGACAAAUAAGCACCGGGAACACUUGCUGGUUGUCAGCAGCUUCCUUUUUGCCCUGAUUUGGGGCUUUGGAGCCCACCUCCAUUCCAGACUUUGGCCCCUCUUUGAUACCUUCAUGAGGAGUUCUAUUAGUUGCAUCUCCAACUACCCUGAACCACCACAGUCAGCCUCAGUGUUUGAUCUGCAUGUAAACACCGAAGAUGGGACACUAGUCCCCUUCACUGGCCAGUACCUGAGCAGUCGUGUCAAGGGAACUCUGGGCACCUUCUACCCAUCCACCCAGACUGAACGGCUCUUAUAUGUGGUGGACCUGCUUUUGUCAAGAGGACAACCAGUGCUCCUUGCUGGAGAGGCAGCAACAGGAAAGUCAGCCUUUCUGGAGGCGCUUGUGAAGCCAAAUCACUCUUACAUAUCAAGUAACAUCCACCCUGCCUUCAGUUCUGCUCACCUUCGCCUCUUGCUGAGCAGAGGGAUCCAGGGCCAAGCACAAGCUAGUCCAUGGCCCGGGCGCCAACCUGAUAAUAAAAGCUCUCUCCUCUUCCUGCUGGAGGAUCUGCACCUGGCCACUUCUGACCCAGAAAAGAGCUGCCAGCCAGUACUGGAGACUCUGCGUCAGGCCAUGGAUGGCACUGUGUAUGCCCACAGCACCUUGGAAUUGCAGACACUGCAGCCUAUAGUCAACUUCCUUGCCACUGCCACAGUGCCAGGAUGCUGUGAGCGCCCACUCUGCCCACGCCUCUCUCGUCUCUUCACAGUGCUGGCCCUAGAGAGCAUGACCCAGGCUACCAUGCUGAGCAGACAUGUGCCUAGCCUCCAAGCCUGGCUUGAGCGCUUCCCCUUUGUGGAGAGAGAGAGUGUUUUGGCAAGAGCCCUGGUCCGGGCCUCAGUAGAGGCCUGGGAGGCUAUGUGUAACUCCUUCAUGCCUUCACCCCUCCACCCACACUACCACUUCUCUCUGCACUCUGUGAGCCAUCUUUUGGGAAGCCUGCAGCUAUUGCCUACCAGAAUAGGCUCACGGGGUUUCGUAGAUUUUCCCAACCACCAGGAGCACUUGCGCCUUGUAUCAGGCUUGCGUGGCACUCGCCUAACUACUAUGAUGGCUAUGCGGAGCAUGGUGCGUCUUUGGUUACAUGAGGCACAGAGAACUUUUUGUGACCGGUUGAACAGCCCUAAGGAACGCUCUUUCUGUGCCAAGCUGCUCCUAGAAGUAGCUCAGAAUGUUUUCUGUGGUGGGCCAGGGCCCCAGUACUUGGACAAGGACCUUGAGGAGGAGGAGGAGGAGGAGGAGGAGGAGAGGGUACCUGAAGUGGAAUCUGAAGGGGAGUUGGCCCAGUGGGAGGACUUAAGCAAUAGUAAUAGUGAAACAGAUGAGGAAGAGGAUCCCUAUGGCCUUCAAGCCACAGCAGGCUUACAUUCCAGGGAACCAAGUCUAGCACCAUCCAUAAGGCCAGUACAAAGGGAGAUUAUAGAAAGCACAAGUCACAAGAUACAGCAGGAGGAAAGCAAAAGGGCUUCUCACAAUGAGUUCCAGUCAAAGAAAUCCAAGAGUUCGUUGCAGAAAUCACCCCAGAUAGACCUGAUUUCACCCCUGUUGUUACCAGUAUUACUACUCUGUCCCCAGGAAAAGCCCUCAGAUCUGGUCUUCAGUCAAGAGUUGAUACUGGGAUCCAACUCUGAGAGCCCCAACUUAUACCUGGAACGGCAGUGGGAGAGCCUGGAAAAACAGUUGUCCACCUCAGCUGCUCAGCUGGGGCUGAGCCCCCACCUUGCCUGGUGCCACUCCAUGGCCCAGCAUGUGGCCCGCCUGGUCCGAGUUCUGGCCAAGCCCAGGCAGCAUGGCCUAUUGCUUUCAGGAACUCUGGGUACUGGGCGCUGUACUGCCAUCACUCUGGCCUCUAACAUUUGUCAGGCCCGCCUCUUCCAUCUGCCAUCUAGAUCAGAGGAGGAAAUUCUCCAGUGUUUGAGAGAUGCCAGCUGGCAUGCUGGCAUAUUAAACCAGCCAGUGGUAUUACUGGUACCCAAGAGUGUGGAUCUCACUACCCUCCAUCACCUAGUAGCCCUGGCAACCUCAGGCAGUUUCCCUGACCAGUACACAGAUGCAGAUCUGGACAAUAUUGAAGAACAUGUACCGAUGGAGAACCUUGAUAUCGAAAACAACACUAAGAAGGGAGUGGCAUUGCAGUGGUUCUACCAGCAAGUGUGUAGCCACCUGCACAUGUUUUUCCUGAUGGGAGAUUACCAGGCCCACAAGCAGCUGCCCUCUACCCUUUACCUGAGGCUCGUUCAACUAGCCACUGCCAGCAUUGACUACUAUGAACCCUGGGACCAAACUUCCUUAGUCAGGGUAGCCCAGCACCACCUGGAGGGUGCUCAGAGUCUACCCCUUGAUGAUGACUGCUUGAAGUACCCAGAUCUCCAGGCCUCUAUUUCCAGUGUGGCCAAAGCCAUGGCCCUCAUCCACCUUUCGGCUGCCUACUACCAUGAGCAUCUGUGCCCUGCAUUGCCACUUGUCACCCCCAAGACUUUCCUAGACCUUCUGGACACCUUCAUGCUGCUGCAGCGACAGAUGACCCUUAAGUUAAAGAAUAGGGCCCAGCGAAUCUAUAAUGCCCUAGAGAAUCUGAAAAGGCUGAUUGAGCAGCACAGUACCCACAACAACCUGGUCUCCAUUUUGGAACAGCAGCUAAAAGGCUCUCAGCAGAGCCUCAUCAAAUUUCGGCAGCAGCUAGAGCAAAGCAAGCUCCUGUACAAGCGGCAGAUAGCAGAGUGUCGUCAUCAGGAGCACCUAAUUGAGAACCUAGCCAAGCAGCGAGAUUCCCUGCAGUCUCAGUAUCAGGCUUUCCUGGAGAAGAUGGGCAAGGCAUUUCUAGGUCCUCUGAGUCAGCUGCAGGUGGCUGACUUUGAGGAGAUAAGGAGCUAUCGAGCACCACCAGAAUCUGUAGUCCGGGUGACUGAUGCAUUGUGUGAACUGUUCCACCAUGAAACAGGCUGGACCAAUGCCAAGCAACUUUUAUGCACUGAAGAUUUCUAUCAGGAGCUGGUAUUCUUCCCCAAGGAGAAGAUGAAAGACUCAGAGCUGAUAAAAUUAGAACAAACUCUGAAGGAUCCAGGCAUGAGUGAUGCAGCUCUGAGGGCAGUAAGCAUACCCACAGCAAACCUGGCGAUCUGGCUCCGGGCUGUUCUACGUUAUGGACUGGCACAGCGCCGGGGUGUGCCCACGGGCCUGCUGCUGAGGCAGGUGGAGGCAACACUGGCUCGGGAGCAGGCCCGCUUAGGCCAAUUCCAGUUUCAAGCCCAGGACAUGCUGGAGAAUAUUUUGGCCCUGACUAAGAAGAUAGAGGAUGCCCAGAUUUCCCACAGCCAUGUGGUACAGACUCUCAAUCAGGCACAAUGUGGCCAGUAUCACAAAUGGCCCAUAAAGUCUACACUGCUCACACCCAUGAACAACUGGUGUGCACAGCUCCAGAAGUUGAGGGGACAUUGCAAGACUAUGUUUGGAGAUGCCCUCCUGUGUUCUGCUGCCAUCACCUAUUUAGGUCCCUUCCCACCUCUCCGUCGCCAAGAGCUACUGGACAAGUGGCUGGCUCUGUGUAGGGGCUAUCAGGAGACCCUGGGUCCAGAUGAUGUGGCACAGGCACUGAAGCAGAAGCAGAAAUCUGUCAUCAUGCCUCAAAAAAAACCCCUAUUGCCCACAUGCUCUCCCUUCAGUAUUCUGUCACUGCUAAGCUGUGAAUCUGAACAGUAUCAGUGGGACCGAGACCUGAAGCCCCAGGCAAAGUCAGCCCACUUGGCAGGCCUGCUUCUGGGGAGUUCCACUCACUACUAUAGUUGCCGUUGGCCUCUGCUGCUUGACCCCAGCAAUGAGGCACUCAUCUGGUUGAACCCACUACCUCUGGAAGAUAAAAGAUGCUUGGCACAAGCCCCCACUGAGCACAGAGGGAAGAGUCUAAUGACAAGUCAAGAGAGAGAGAAUAAAAAUGAGGAUGUAGAAGAAGAUAAUGAUUGUGACGAGAGGAAUAAGGCUAAAGAACAAACCGAAGAGCAGAAGGCAGAAGAAAGUAAAAAUGAGGAACAGGAGAAAGAGCAAGAGCAAGGGGAGAAAGAAGAAGAAGAGAAAAAGAACAAGGCAGAGAAACACGAGUCCAGCCUAGCCUCAGAAACUCAGUCUUCACCUCGUCUCUGCUUUAAUGUGCUCUCAGGUGCUAACCCAGAGUUGGGUCCUCAGCUUUUGGAGGCAGCUGCCAGUGGCCUCCCUGUGCUUCUGACCAACAUGGAGCUGGGCCUAUGGUGCCAAGAACUACAAUGGCUGCUUCAGCGGGAGAAGCUGAGUCUACCCAAGGUGCAGCCUGGCUUCUGUCUCUAUCUGAGCACUACCCUCCCACUCUGUGCUUUGGAAAAAGUGCUAGGUUAUGAACUGCUAAAGGGGCUGAAUGUCCUGGAUUUGUCCCUGAACAUGGAAAUACUAGAAGAACAGAUGCUGCAUGAAAUCUUGUGCAGGGAGCAUCCUGAGCUUGAGACCCGCUGGCAGGACAUAAAAAUCAGAGCCCUGGAUGCCUGUGAAGAUGUGGAGGCUGCUGAGGAGCGGUUGCUGACGAUGAUGCUGAUGCAGAAACAAACCCCUCAGAAACCAGCUAAGUUUCUGCGGGAUAUGGUGAGGUCCCAGGCAGAGAUAUGUCAACUGCGUGCUCAUUGUGAGGAGCUAGAAGGACAAAAACUGAAGGAGAUGGAAUUGUGGGUAUCCUACCAGCAUGUAGUUAGACAUGGAAUGGCCUUAGUGAAUGCCCUAAGCCCACUGCAGAACUUGUUCCCAUUUUUCCGGAUGAAACCAAAGGACUGGCUGGUGGUCACAAAGAAAGCUCUAGACAGCAUGAAGCCACAUGAUAUAAAGCAAGGGGAGGACCUGGCCAGCCAUCUACUGCAGAUAAAAAUACACCUGACCCACCAGCUGCUGGGCAGCACUGUGGCUUCACUAGGCCUGACCCAAGUACCCUUGGUGGGUACCUUGGGUGCUUUGGCUCUGCUGCAUGUGACAAGGAAGGCAUCAAAGCUAGAAAGCUUGGCACUCUGGCCUGGACUGGCAACCUCUGCCAGCACUGAAUACAGUAAGCCAGACCCAGGUGUGGUUCGGCCAGCCUGGCUAGGGCCAAGAGCCUGGCAAGAAUGUGGGAUGUUGGAGCUGCUGCCUCCAUUUGUUGGGCUGCGUGCAUCCCUAGCAGGCCACUCCGAUAUUUGGCAGGAAUACCUGUCGCUAUCAUCCACAGUGCUGGGUCCUGCACCUGGGCCAGGUCCUGAGCCACUCAGCCUCAUCCAGAAGCUGAUCCUGUGGCGUGUGCUGCGACCUGACUGUCUGGCAGGUGCUUUGGCAGACUUCACCACCAGUCUCCUGGGGAGGCCCCUGGAUGAAAAUCUGGCUGCUCACACCAUGCCCCUUGAACAGAGUCAGGCUACUCAGCCCAUACUGAUCUUAUUGCCUUCGACUGGCCACCCCACAGCCAUCCUGCAUCCUCUGACUGUCAUCCAGAAAUUGGCUGCUGAGCAUGAACAGGGGCAGAAACACCUGCAAGUGAUAGCCCUGGGCUCUGAAGUUUGGGACCCAGUCUCAAUUGUGGUCAACACUCUAUGCCAAGCCAUGUUGGAGGGGUACUGGCUGGUGCUGGAUAACUGUCAUCUGGUGCCCCACUGGCCAAGAGAGCUGAUCCAACUCUUGCUGCAGCUGAUAGGCAGAGCCAAAGUAGUUUCAGAGAUGGAAUUGAAACUGCUUUCAACCCAACCUGAAAGAAGGAAUGUGGUUACUGUCCACCAAGAUUUCCGUCUUUGGCUUAUUGUUUCUGCAGAGGCAACUGCUUCCUUGCCAGCUGUGCUGACUCAACACUGCAUGCCUGUUUUCUGGGACCAAUCCCUGGAAUUGGGCCGCAUCUUGAUUGACAGUAUGGAGUUAGCACAGCAAGGACUCUACAUGCAACCUUUUGACCAGGCACUAUCUCUGCUCCUCCUACAUGGCCUCCUGCUACACCGACAGCUCUAUGGAAUGAAGUUGCAGGCACACAGGGGGCUCUGGAGUCAAGUGACUCUGAUAAAGGCCCUUAAGACCCAAGAGCAGUUGUGGACCAGUCUCAGCAAUCCCAGUACUGCCAUGCAGGAGCUCACUGCUUCAGUUUUCUAUGGGGGACCUGUGAGGGACACUAAGGACAGAGAGGUCUUAAUUAGCCUCACAGAAGCCUGCCUGAGCUUCAGCAGCAAGAGUUGGGUCCAACCACACACACCUCAGUAUCUGCUGGCCACUGUGAUGCCCAGCUCAGAACUAGAGAAGCUAAAUGCUAUUGCAGAGUGCAAGGCCCAGAUGCAUCUACUGCUCAUACCGUCGGACCCUCGGAUCUCUGGACUAAGUGAGGGCCCCCAGGCAUGGUUGGUACGCCGCAAGAGUCAUGCUAUCCUGAGGGCCCUGCAGCAUAGUUUACCCUGGUGGGUUCCUAACACUCAAGGAUGCCCUUGGCGUGCAGAAAGGCGGUUGCUUCAACGCCUAGUACAAGCCAAACGCAGGCUGGAGUCAUUGCAAGCCUUACUGACCGACCACACUGGUCUAGGGAAGUCUCCCCUAAGGGCAGUGCUGGGGCCAAAGGCUCGGCCUCCAGUGGAAGGCUUCCUAGAGAAUGAAGUGAUGGAACUGAGUCAACUGGUGGGCAUUUUACAAAAUGACCUUGACUGCCUAUUGGGGCAGCUAAAGGGCAAACCCCCUUGCACCUCCUACCGCUGUGCUGCGGUGGCCCAAGCUCUCUGGACUGGCCACCUACCCCAACCUUGGCGACCCCAUGCACCCGCUGGUCAGCAGCCACCCUGGCAAUGGCUGCGACAGCAGUCACGUCGUGGACAGCAAUUAAUUCGCUACCUGGAUGCAGGCAGAGUUGCAGACGCAGACACUAGAGUACCAGGGCGCAUCUUUCAUCUGUCAGCCUUUAGCCACCCACGCCGCCUGCUGCUGGCACUGCGUUGGGAGGCUGUCCUGCAGCAGCAGGUGCCCAGCUCGAAUCUUUCUGGCAGCCAAGGCCCCAGUCAUCUCUCACGUAAACGUCAGAAGCUGAACAACAAUCCUCUGUGCCUCCGGGUGGAGAAUGGCCCAAAUCCCAAGGUUCCACAGACAGGCCUACUACUGAUUGGGCUACAGCUCCUGCAUGCCGAGUGGGACCCAAUAGAUGGGGCUCUGCAGGACAGUUCUUCCAGCCAGCCCAGCCUUCUGCCUCCUGUCAGCGUCACUGCACAGGCUGGGUACAUUGAUGACCUGCCAGUCCCAGCUGGCCUGGCUGUGUACUCCUGCCCUGUGUACAUGGCCGGGCCCCUUGGUUCCACUAAGCUACACAGCAGGAACAUCCUGAUGCACCUGCCCUUACCCACGAAACUCAGCCUUGCUACCUGUAUCCAACGGAGAGUCCAUGUGUGCAGCCCACCCUUGACUUGAGCCCUCCACCAAAAUAAAGCUACAGUGAUUACAUGAA